UAAACGAGAGUCAAGUUAAAAACGAAGGUAGUGGCGAAGAGAAUAGAGAAGAGGGAAGGCCGUGGAUGCAAAAUAGAAUAAAAAGGAGAGAAAGGACCAAAUAAUUGGUACAUAAAGACAUUGCAACUAGAAGAAAAAAGUGAUUAAGACACGAUAUAGUUGCGGUGGCGGUGAUGACAUAAGAGAAAAACGAUCGAAGAUUAACUCGUUGUCAUUAUCGACGAAUUAAAAAGAAUAAAAAAAAAUUAAAAGUAACAAAAUUGACAGUAAAAAGGAGAAAAAAAUAAAAGGAAAUAAGGUCUGCGAUUUUUCAGACCACGAUAGAGAGAGAAGAAAUACAAGUCGCGACAUCAAGGAGGGAGAAAUCUCCGUAAACUGUAAGGAGGGGAGCACGACUGCUAGAAGGAGCGAGGUGGCUACAGUGGAAGGGAUAGUGUUGGGGUGUAGUAAGAGCCUACAAAGCCACGAGGCAAGCUAUUCGAGUAAGAAGGGGAGGGGAGAUAAGGAGCCCUGGCGGGGAGGGGACGCGGAGGCCUUUGGGGGGCCGACCAACCAGACGGCCGAUGAUGUCAUCGGAGGAGGAGACCGACUGUUUCGCCCUCUACGGAGCAACUGCGGAUAGUAAGCAACAGCAACUUUUGAAGAAGCAAAAGCGCACCAGACAGCGCGUGGACGCCGGCGAGCCACGCAACAGCUAUUCAAGUAUUCCAAACUUUAGUUCCCGGCCAUCCUUCUUAAGCGGUGGUAUAUACGGUGCGAUAUUUAGUGGAUCUGCUCCACCAUCAAGUCAUCAACCAUCGCCUCAACAGCAACAACAACAACAACAGCAGCAGCAACAACAACUCCAGCAACAGUCUGGAGUACCAAAUACUCAAGGUCAUCUCACUACAACAACGGGGCCGACCACACAGCAUUCCGCUCACGCGGCAUUCGGCUUCUUCGGGGCUCCAAGCUUUGGCCCCGCCAAGAUGCUGAACGAGCUCCUUGGACGACAAGUGAAACAGGCAAGUGAUGCCGGUGGAUCACCACCCGAAGGAAGCCACGGAAUGACUGGAGCUGGCAUGGACCAGACUGCUAACCUUCAAUCAGGCGCGGUUGUCAAUUGUGAUGAUCCAGCUACUGCGGCUGAACUUACGCAACAUAUGUUACGUGAUAUACUUCAAGGACGUAAACUAACCGCCCUUGGUGUACAGGAACAACCUAACAAUAACAACAGUAUACAUAAUCAUAACAAUAAUAAUAAUACUAAUAAUAACAAUAACAAUACAACUGAUUUAAUUAAGUCUCAACAACACCAACAACAAAGUCCUCAACAACAUCAUCAAAAUAGUGAUAGUGCGCGUGCGAUUAGUGGUACAGUGCAAAGUGGAGAAGAAGAAAGUGUUGAUGGGAACAACUUAAAUACUAAUCAUAGUGAUCGAGAUACUGUGAUGCCAGGAGAUGCUGAAGAUAGUGCAGAAGACGCAGCAUCAGCUGCACGUGCUAUGGAAGAAGCAUUUGCCGAGGCGGGUAUGGAACCUGGUGCAAAUCUUGAUGGAUCAGACUGUGAACCAAGUUUACCUCCAAGCCCAUCGGUAACGCGUCCUGGUUCAGUAUCGAUUAAAGAAGAAUUACCAGACUCAAUGAGUAUCAAAAAAAGUCGUUCUGCGAGUCAUUCACCAUGUCCAAUUUUACCAAAGUCUGAAGUUAACUCGCCAUCGACAGAAAUUAAACGUGCGCGUGUUGAGAAUAUUGUUAGCACGAUGAGAAGUAGUCCUGCAUUACAACCUGUCAAUGGUUGUAAAAAAAGGAAACUUUAUCAACCACAGCAACAAACUGUUCAUCACGUUCUUCAACACAAUAUGAAUGAUUCAAUGAUGAGCGUUGAUGAUGAAGAUAGUGAAGAAGAAGAGGAUCCUUCGACAAUAAGACAAAAAAGAGAAGAGAAGGAUACUCUACAAAAUCAAUUAAAACGUUUACAUGAACAACUCGCAGUGAUGCAACAAAAAUACCAUGAGCUUUCGAGUCGAAUGGAACCUGAAAGCAAUGAAAAUAGUGAAGCACCAGCGAGUCCUCAAAAUCAACCCCAGCAGCCGCCACCGCGACCGCCACGACCUCAUCCACCACCUUAUAAUGGCCUUCCAGCACUGCCGCCUGAUCAUCCACAUGCUACCGCGGCUGCAAUGUAUCAUAUGGGCCAAAAAUUAUACCUAGAACAACAGCAUGCAGCUCUAGAAAGGAUGAAACAACAUCAAGAAGCUGCUGCAAGACAACAACAACAACAACAAGCACAGCAAAGAGAACGUGAACAGCAACGUGAACAACAUCAACGUCAACAAACGCCUCCUCCGUCUAAUCAAGGACGAGAACAAAGUCAAAGAAAUACGGGACCACCAACACCUCAGACACCACAAAUGCAAACUUCAAAUACACCUCAUCAACAUAAGGACUUCCAAGAAAGACUGAACGUGUUUCGAAGUAAUACACACUCUGCGAGUUCAGCUGGAACUCAUAUCACUGAAACCGACCUUGAAGGCCUUGUUGAUAUUUUAAAAUCAGAAAUGUCUUCGACUCUUGGGAAUGUUGUUGAUGCCGUGCUUGCUAAAUAUCUCCAACAGAGAAGGUUUGGUAAAUCAAUUGAAGCAGCUCAAGCAAGUGCAGAUCAAUUGAAUAAAGAUCUUCUUCAUGGAAGUCAACUGCUAGACAGAAAAUCUUCUCCAAGAACGAAAGUAGUUGACAGGGGAGCAUCUCAACCAUCCGGUGGCCCAAACGGAUCACGGGGGCCGCUCAACGGUGGCCCCCCACCUUCUCAAACCGCAUCUUAUCCGCCAAUAGGUUCUAUGGGUGGUCCACAUGGUCCACUCUCAGGCCCAACGGAAAAUAAUUUAAAUCAAAUUAAUCAAUUACCACCAUUGGCGAGACCAAAUGCUCCUAUUUUUCAAGCACCUAAACCACCGACGAUAUAUGCUAUGGCGUCGAUGCAAGUGCAACAACAACAACAACAGCAAAGAGAGCAACAACAAAGAGAACAACAACGUGAUCAAUACUGCAACAUGCGAAGUGAAGACAGAGAAGCGAGAGACAUCGAACAAAAUGAAGCAUUAUCGCUCGUUAUGACACCCAAGAAGAAAAGACAUAAGUUUGAUCUAUGUUCCCAGGUCACCGAUACAAGGAUUACUCCAAGAACCGUAUCGCGAAUCUUAGCACAAGAAGGCAGCGGUUCUCAAAGUGGUAAUGAGAGUCCACCACCCCCACCACCACCAACGCGCCACGUGUAUGGUCACGCGGCACCUCCAAUGUUACCAGUUUCACUACCUACGAGUGUUGCGAUACCAAAUCCAAGUCUUCACGAAAGCCAAGUAUUUUCACCUUAUUCACCUUUCUUUAAUCCACAUGGAGGUCAUCCAGGUCAAGUACCGCCACCUGGACCUCAUCAUCUUCCAGCAAGUCCACCAGGAGGUGGUGUAGAUCUUCGUGAUUCACCACCACUACCUCAUCCACCAGCAAUGUUACAUCCUGCACUCUUAGCAGCGGCUCAACAUGGUAGUCCAGACUAUGGUCAUCUAAGGAUUGACAGUAACGACAGAGGAAGCGAUUGCAACUCUGGUGAUAUCAGUUAUGAUGGAGUUCAGCCUACAUCGUCGACGCUGACUCCGAUGCAUCUCAGGAAGGCCAAGCUGAUGUUCUUCUGGGUGAGGUAUCCGUCCUCAGCAGUCCUGAAGAUGUACUUCCCAGACAUCAAAUUCAACAAAAAUAAUACCGCACAGUUGGUCAAGUGGUUCUCCAACUUUAGAGAAUUUUAUUACAUUCAAAUGGAAAAAUACGCGAGGCAAGCGGUAUCAGAAGGAGUAAAGAACGUGGAAGAUCUCAGGGUUGGUGGAGACUCGGAAAUUUAUCGAGUGCUUAACCUUCAUUACAACCGCAACAACCACAUUGAGGUAUGGGGUCCUCAGGUACCUGGUAACUUUAGGUAUGUGGUUGAACAGACAUUAAAGGAAUUUUUCAAAGCCAUCCAAGGUGGCAAAGAUUCCGAACAAUCAUGGAAAAAGGCAAUUUACAAAGUAAUCUCAAGGCUGGAUGACCCUGUACCCGAGUAUUUCAAGAGUCCAAACUUUUUGGAACAGCUCGAGUGAAGCAGGCCUGCGCUGCGUUGCUCUGCUUGGUAGCCCGGUGACAAAUAAGCAACAUUAGUUGUCAAUUUGUCAAUCAAGAUCACAAACCUUCCUUGAUGAUGGCAAUGUGCAACUGAAGCGCAAGAGGUUUGCCGACGCAGGACAGUUGUUCGCCGAGAAUACAUCAGGUAUCUUUAGUAACAUAUCGCGAGAGAAGUUAUUCAAUUGAACUAAAAACUCACAAGAAACAACACUAAACUACGGACAAGGCAAGACACGUUUUAACAACCAGGUGAGCUGACGUUUAUCGGCGACAAAACAUCCAGUGGUCGUCAAACGGCAAACCUGUAAAACGCUACGAAUUGGAUCGCCUUAAGGUCAAGGAAUCAACAAGAAGAUCGACGAAUUUAUCGAAAGUGAGCGUAUCGAUAUUAACAAAUAUUCAUUUGUCAGGGAGAACACGCGUUAAAUGAUGCAUUCUUUAGUAAAAAGAAUGAUGAAUUAGUGAACGCCGAUGAUGUUACUAGAUCUAAGUCGAACAAGAAUAAGGAACACAAGAAAAAUCGUAUAAUUCGCGAAGAAUAAAAACAAAAAGCGAGAAUGAGUGCAAGAGCGAAAUUCAAAGUAGAAAUUAUUACUAAAAUUAGGCAAAAUGUCUCUUCUACUAAUUUUUGAGUUUUCUCCAUGUCAUAUGUUCGCUCUAAUCGUCAUUACAUUCAAUUUAUUUGCUACUAAAUAAUUUUAAGAAACCAGAGUCAUGUUUGGUCCAAAGAAAUCUAAAGUCUGAAAAUGUAAGCCACUGGACCAAUAAGAGAAUUAAAAAAAAUUUGUCUUUAUUGUAAAAUAAUAGGGAUAAAAGUUUUGAUUAAUCGCCACCAAACGACGUAAAAUAAAUCUUUAGCUUCAUUUUACGUCGUUUAAGCAGAAUUAAAUCUGCUGCGUUUUAAGAUUAAAAAUAAUUUAAUCUUAAUUUAACUGGCUGUGCAAAACUGACUGGCGAAUUUUAAUGAUCAGAUUGGUCUCAGUGUCUUAUAAUAUUCCAAACUUUAGGAUUAUUUAAGAUGUAAAUAGUAUUUUAAAGCAUAUUUUUUUCAAAAAGAUCAAGCACAAGUAGCCUUGACAAUUAUUUUAUUAUGUUGGAUAUGCAUUAGGCAAGUUUAAAUGAAAUGCGCGAGAAAUAGGUAAGGGAUUUUCGCAAUUUAUUUUCGAAUGCAACGAAAAGAUGAUAAAAAAAAAUUAUAACAAACGCGAAGAAUCAUGGGUAUGAUGAUAAUUAUACACAUAAAUAGCUUACAUAUCUUGCGCAAUCAAAAACUAUUAUUAUGUAAGAUGUAAUCAUCUUGAGGUAUAGAAAAUUAAAGAGGGAAUUGCAUAGAAAUAUUUUAAAGAAAUUGAUUGUAUAGGUUCAACUUAUUAAGUGGAUAGGCUAGUCAUUCAAUGAUAGAAAAAAUGUCACAGUAACUUGAGGAAAGUUUUAAACAUUUAGAUUGCGUGAGGAUAAAUACCAUUGGCGUUUUCAACAAAGUAUAUUUUACAGAGGAUAGACAAAGAAUAUACUAAAGUACGGAAUAGGCGCGGGUACAUAUUUUAAUUAGAGUAUGUAAAAAUUUUAAUAUAUAUAUAGAAUUAAAUUCAUAAAAAUUUUCUAUAUAUAUAAAAAAAAUAUAUAGAUAUAUAUAUCUAUGCCAGUAAUCGCAUAAACAAUAUUUGUUUUUUUUCUUUGAUGAAGGUUUGGUGACUGAUGCUUUCACCUUGUUGUUUAGUGUUAUUUAAUGACACACUGCUAUUUUAAAAGUAUAUGAUGAACAUAAUUAUAUUAACUUCAACAUAAUUUUAAUAGCUG